GAAGUUUUGAAGCAGGUUUUUCUCAAUGAUAAUAAAAGCGUCGUCAACGGCACGACGAUGGUUUACACGAAGGCAACGAACACAGCACAACUUCUGAGUUUUCACAUCAACCAUCCAGUUGUCCACAAACGAAGCUGUGUAAAAAUUUCCUUUAAACGGAUUCGGAAUUACUGCAGUAGGCCGGAGGAAAAGGUACGCGAGGCCCGAUACCUCCGCGACCAGUUCGUGUGGAAUAUCUAUCCGAAAGCAUUUAUAAACCGAUGCCCACGCGUACGGCCCCGGAGGACCAAAACAGAAGAACCACCGAGGAUAUGGUAUGGGCAAUUCGAACGCAUUAUCGGUUUGCGCAUACACGAACAUAAGCUGGCUGUCAGACGGGGUGACGCAUUUUCGCAAGUGGCGGCCAACACCUACGACACGGGUCACGAGUUUAACUUCACAGCUGCAAAGAUUGAAGCCUGGGCCUCGGAUGAGAAUUCGCUCAAUCGAUCUAUCGAUCUGGCGCCGGCAUACAUCGCCCUCGGCAGGCACACACCCACGGCCAACACUGAUGAAUAA